AGGCAGCGCGGAGGGACGGGCGCUGCCUGCCGGCGGGAGGCGGCUCCUGCUCUGGGUCUGCGUGGUGACAGAGCAAGUGUCCCGACCUCAGCGGGUUAGUGACCGCUUUGUGCCUUCGGAAGAGACCUGUGUUUGUAGUCUGCUAAAAGCGCGGCUACCAGGGAGUGCGUGGGAGAGCUGUCUGCACUUCCUUUUUUUUCCUUAGCCCGGCUAAUGAUCCGCAGUGCGGACGCUGCUCUGCACCGGAGCCUGCUCAUCUAUUCUAAGCAAACUGAAAAAAGUUUCGGUUCAGAUGCUGGCAGGGAUGGUUUGAGCGAUGUGCGCUGACUUAGUGGUGAUGAGGCGGCUCGGGCUGUGUUUCCAAUGAAGUGUCCUCCUGUCCGGAGGCAGUGAGCCGCUGGGGGAAUGUCAUAACUGCUGAAUGACAUAAUCCUAAAGCAGCUGACCACAAAAAGGAUUUUUAAAAAGCCUCGGAAACCACUCUGAGCUAUGUAGCUUUGUGUUAAUUUAUCGGUGUUAUCAUUACAAGGAGUAAUGGGUACAGACUUUGAAAGCCUUGCAAGUCCUUCUGUAUUAUUGCGGGGUGGGAGUGGGAAGGUUGUCAGGUGUAAGGUUAAGACUGGAUUGAGUUUAACCUUUGUACCCUAGAAUCUGCCACCUCGUUGAACUAAGGGAAUUGUCCUCAUGACUACUCCUCAUAAUAUAGUUUAGGAGGAUAUAGUUUAUGGUAUGCUGUUUGCUGCUUCUGAUCUAAUUCUCUAUUACUGGUAUACAACUAACCUGUCUGAUAAUGGCAUGAUGUCAUUCCUUCAUGAUCCUACUCCCUUUCUUUUUUUAGUGAACUUUCUUCAUUUGAAUAAAAUUUUGAAACUGCCUUCCCAGGUUAUUGUAAGUUUUCUUCAUUGUCACUCUUUUCCUGAGCAGAAAGUUAAACUCAAGUAGUUUGGGUACGAGGACUUUCAAGAGCCAUGUUAACCAAAUAAGAAUUUGGGUCUGUUAUUUAAAAGGAAGAGUAAAGGCCCUAAAAAAGGUUCUCAACGACUUUUCUGUGUCUUCUGUAUGAAUGUGGCUUGGAAAACAACUGUAGACAGAACUGCAUCAUUUGGUGUAGUUUUCAAUGCUUGACUGUUCGGUUUUUGUAAAUGGUCAGAACUUUAAACCACUUACAGGUUGUCUCACACAUGGCAUCCCCAUGACAAUGAGUGGAUCCAAAGGAGACAUGAACCUCCUGAAUGUUUUUCUUCCAGCAGGUGACAACCACAUCUUCUCACUCUUUGAAGCUCAGUACACCUGCUGCAAAGUCUCUAAAAGGAUGAGAGAAGGAUCCAGGAGCCCAGUGUAGCUUUUGCCCGUAUCCGUGUGGAGGUGUGCAAGUUCAGCGUGUGCUCCUCCUCCUGGGUGCGGUACCGCUGUGCCCGUAGCUGUGCAUGGGAGGAUGUGAGGGCAGGUGUGGCAGAGAUUGUUCCACGGUCAGUCAGUGAAGGACGCUGGACCAGCAAGGGCAGAGUGUUUAAGGAACCGUGCACGUGUGACCACACGUAUAGGCAGUGCUGUGUGUGUAGGUGCAGGUACGUGGGUGUGCCUGUGUGGAAAUAUGAGCGUACACACAGAGGGACACGGUCAGGUAAGUAAAGUGCUGUGUGUGCCUGAAGUAAACCUGUUCAGGGAAAGGUGAAGAAAAGGACUCGAUGCUGUCCUUCCUUGCCCGGCCCCUGAGUUGGGCCGUUGUGAAGUUGGGUGCAGGAAGGGAGCGACUGAAGUGUGUACCUGCAAUGUGCUGAGGUUGAGCUUUUUCUUUUGGACUUGGUGUGUUGCCCCGGGUGAUUUCCUCAGGAAGGGAAGCUGUGAGAGGAGAGGGGCUGCUUCUGCAGAGAGCAGUGCAGCCCAGCCUUUUGCAGAGUCUGGAACGGCGGCGCUGCAGCUGCAGCCGCUGCUGCCAUUGAGGGAGAGCAUCGAUCGUGCAGGUCCGUGGGCAGCAGUUUCUCACCUUGGUGUUCUGGGGAGUGGGGGACUCUGCUGUUGUGCCCUGAGCUGGAACAUCUGGAGGAGAGUGAGGUGAUGGCUGUGCCGGUGUUGCAGACAUUAGUUGGUGGGUGGUGAAGACGAGGUGUUUGAAGCACGUGAGUGUGAUGAGUGUUGGGAUUUGAGCCUGCGUGCAGCACCUGCUUGGAGAGCAGGGUUGUUCCUGUGCUGUGCAAGAGCUCCAUCCAGGUCCGGUCCCCUGCUGUGGGGGGCAGUUCCUGUGGCAGGAGUUGCCCUGUGGCGAGUGAGGGCCUGCAAACAGGACACCUGUGCAGGAGCACUUGUGCCUGGAGCUGCCUGGUAUUCCAUAGCGGGAUGCUCCUGGAAAGCCCCCAGGAGUGUGUGCAGGCCUGUGAGCUGAGGGGGCUGGGAGGGCUUUAGGUAGCACUGGCCCCCACUUUGAACAACCCUCUGCGCUGCCCAGGCUUCCCAGGCAGGAGCCCCUGGCUGGUGGGUUUCUGCUACCAUUUUGUGCAAGGGAACUGCCAUUUUGUCAGUGUUGCAACUCCUGCUUCCUCAUACCAGGAAGUAUUCAGAUAUCAAAAUAUUUUUAUACAACGCAUACAGUAUGUAGAGAGUUAAAAUUUGUGUAUGAAGGAGUGUAUCAGUAUAUAUGUGUAUGUAGAUAUGUUGAUGUGUGUUUCUAGAGGUAUAUAAAUUAAAUAGACUGGUAAAAUGAUAGGCAUAAGGUAGAUAAAGCAGUCUUUCUAAAGAGCUAAUGGAAUGAAUCCUUAGAUGUGAAUGAAAUGUAAUGACGCAAAAGUAAAAGGCAGGUUCAUGCCUCCCACUUUGCGUGGCUGCAGAGAAAGCAUUGACGUGUUGUGGGAGCACCUAAGAAGUGUCCCAGAGAGCUGGGACGUGUCCGAGGGCUAUGGACCACUGUGAGGUGGCCACCAGGCAGGCCUGGGCAAACGCCCUGUCCUGUGUCCAGAAGAGAUCUGUCCCGUGAGCCAGGCUGAGAAGGCUCCAUGCCAGGGCAGAGCCCAAUGGGAUGGUCAUGCAGAGCGUAUCACUGGGGCUGGCUGUGGGCAUCCCAUGGCCCUACCAGAAGUGGGCAACACAGGCUCCAAAAUCAGAAGGCCAGAACCAAAUCCCAGUGUCAGAGGAACAUGUGCCUGGGGACCUCUGUUGGGUUUUCUCUCUGAAGAGCAUCAGUGGAAUCAAGGCAUUGUGCGCCUGUGGGGGUGGUUAUAGGUGAAGAUGCAGGAGCCAGAACUUGUUGUGAAAGCACUGCGAGCUGUUCUUCAUGCCUUUAAAAAUGGUGUACGUUUGUCAGAGCUUCAGAGUGAAUACAGAUCUCUGACCAAUGAGUUGAUUCCCUUCAGGCACCUAGGAUAUGACACACUGGAAGGCUACUUGGAGAGUAUCCCAGGAGUGGUCAGAAUGGAAGAGAACAAAAUGGGAGAGGUCGUUUGCCAUGCUGUGAGUUGCAGUGAAACUGUGCGAGUUGCUCAACUGGUGGCCCGACAGAGGAGUUCCAAGAAGAAAACGGUCCGGCAGGUGAACUGUCAGAUGAGGCUGAAGAACACAUCUCCUGUCAGUUUAUCAGGAAAGCCCAAAGGAACUUUGCGACAGCCCCGGUCUUUGAGUGUGCCAGAAGAAGGCAGCAAGAAGCCUGUUUCUCGCCUGCCCCGAGGCAGAGAAGUGGCAUCUGGAGCUGUGAAACCUGUUGUGGACAGUGCCCGGUCUGCCUUGCCUUCAACUGCUGGGAGUGGAUCACCUAAAGAAAUCCCCAUGCAGAGGCAUGUCACUGUGGUAAACAGGUCUGAGAAGAGACUGACAGUCCCACCACGGUUUCAGAAAGAGUUGCAAGUUCACCUGUCCAGAAGCUCUUCCACAGAAUCAAAUGAUAACUUAAAUACAUCCACUGCAGAGACACAUACUGUUUCCUCUGGCUCUUCUGCUGCUGAUGUCAAUGAACUUCAGAGUCGCAUUAAGGAGCUUCUGAGCAAGUACAGCAGUGGUGUCAAGGUGUCAAAGAUGCCACAGAUCUAUCGGGAAAUGUUCUGGGAGGAUCUUAGCACAGAAGUGCUCCAUCAGCUUGAGAACUGGCCUCAUGUGUGCACAGUGGAGAAAAUACACAGGGGUGAUCAGAUGGAUGAACAUCUUUAUCCUGCAAAGAAAGUACCACCGGCAGCAAAAAGCGAUACCGAUCAAGAAAAGGUAUCUCAGAAUGUUACGUCUUCAAAAGCAGACCCUUUGUUAAAACCGAAUGUGGAGACCACGUCUGCAUCACUGAGCAGCGACUUAAAGCAGAAAGUUGUUAGCAUCUUGCUGAAAUAUUCCAAUGGUCUUUGGGCUCAUGCACUUCCCAAAGUGUACCAAGACACUUACCAAGCAAAAUUUCCAGAAGACGUUCUCAGUAAUCUAGAGUUGCUCUCAGAUGUGUGUACGGUGGAUUAUGUAUCUGAAGUCCCCAGAAGGGCUAUCCUCUAUGCUAAACCCCAAAGAUGCAUUGAUGAAAACCUGAAUGUCACUGAGAAAGUCCAGAGUCGUGAUGGUGUGAAGGCCACAGCUGAGCAACAGGAUGAAGAAUCCAAGGACCAGUAUCCAGAGAACAUAACUGUUCCUUCUCUAAUCAUUCCGUCAGAAGGAUCUGUGUCCAUCGUGGUGUUAGAACUGAAAAACACUAAUGAGGUCCUAAUUAGGUUUGUGGGCAAAGAUUAUUCUUCUGCCCAGGAACAAAUGGAAGAUGAGAUGAAAGCGUACUAUAGUCAGAAUAGUACAGUGUCAGCAGCUCAGUCUCUGAGUGUUGGGCAGCUUGUUGCAGUACAUGCUGGAGAAGACGCCUGGGUGCGUGCUCGGAUAAUUUCUCUAGAAGACAACAGAAUAAAGGUACGCUAUGUUGAUCAUGGCUUCACUGAGUUUGUUGAAAGCAACAGUGUGUACAAACUACAGAAACAGUUCAGUUCGCUUCCUUUUCAAGCUGUAAAGUGUAAACUGGCAGGACUGGAAGCCUUUUGUGAUGAUCCUGUCCUAAUAAAGACUGUGGAAUCACAGACAUGCUUCAAGAUAUUUGCUGUGGAAAUACUGGAAAAAAGUGAUAUUCCUCUUCUUGUUCUCUAUGACACGUCUGGAGAAGAUGAUAUCAACAUCAAUGCUACUUGUCUGAAGGCACUGUAUGACAAGUCCCUUGAACUGCACCUGCAGGUAGAUGCACUAUAUACGAAUGUCAGAGUAACCAGUGUUUUCUCUGAUGGAACCCUGUAUUGCCAAGUGCCAUCCAAAGGCCUGUCUAGACUCUCUGAAAUAUUGCAGAAACUAGAAGACUACUUUGUUUACAAGCAGACUUCCGAGUUCAAUGUGUUGCUGCCUUUCUGUGGCAAAAUCUGCUUGUUUCCUUCCAAAGGAAAAUGGGCACGUGUAGAGAUAAAAAUUAUUCACACUAGACGGGCACUGGAUGUGCAGUUCAUGGAUACUGGAACUGUUGCAACUGUGAAAGUAUCAGAGCUCAGAGAAAUCCCACCACAAUUCCUGAGAGAAGUAAUUGCAAUACCUCCUCAGGCUUUAAAAUGCUGCCUAGCAGAUCUGCCUCCUAACACUGGCAUGUGGACUCCAGAUGCUGUACUGUGGCUGAGAGACACUGUAAUGAAUUGCCCCGAAUUUAGCAUGAAGGUAAUUAAACAGGAUGGUUCAAAGGGAAUUGCACACGUUUACUUAUUCGCUCCGGAGAAUUUCCCAGACAUGGAUCGAAGCAUCAAUAGACAGAUCAAAAAUGCAGACUUGUGGAAGCAUCAGAAAGAUGUUUUCUUGAGCGUUACACCCAGUGGGACUAGCUCCACAAAAGUUAUAAGUGACGGUGUCUCAGCUCUGCAGUUAACUAGUGGGAAGCUGGAGAAGAGUUUCUCUGAUUCAGCCAAGGAGCCCAGCAGUGCAGUGUCUACUAUCGAUAUGCCUCCUCCUCUACCCUUGCCAAAGCCUGGCGAGCUCAUGGAUAUCUAUGUCUCAGUGGCCUGCCAUCCAGGUCACUUCAUUGUCCAGCCUUGGAAUGAGCUAAACAAUCUGUAUGCCCUAAUGGAAGAAAUGAUCUUGUACUACAGCAGGGCAGAAGAGAAACCUGUGAAUAUUGAAAAAAACAAGCUGUAUGCAGCUAAAAUUGGAGAUGAGUGGUACAGGGUCACAGUAAAAGGAAUUCUUAGGAACGGUUUUCUGUCAGUGUAUGAGCUGGACUAUGGCAAACAUGAGUUUGUCAGCAUUCGGAAAGUACAGCCACUCACGGAUGCAUUUAGAAGACUGCCUUUCCAAGCUAUAACAGCUCAGCUUGCAGGAGUGAAAAACCAGCAGUGGUCAGAAGAGGCAUCAAUAGUGUUUCGGAAUCUUGUAGAGAAGAAACCCUUUGUGGCACAGAUACAGGCAGUUAAUGAAAGCACUAACUCUUGGGAUCGAAAAAUAGUACUUCCACAUAUUGAUACAUGGAUUCAUGAUUUUGUGUCACAAAGUCUUGUGGAAUUUUCAAAGAGUGAUUAAUCACCACUUCUGAAACGUAGCAGCUUAGUGAUGAAAUAAGUAACAAGCUUUGAAGAGAAAUAUAACUACUACAUGGCCUUGAAGACAUAAUGGGGAUAAAACUGAAAUAUCUGUGUUUGUUUAACAAGUUUGGUUUCUGUUGACUUCAGUUGAUUUUUUGAAAAUUUUCAUGUUGUUUACCAUUGUAAUGCUAGAAUAUUUAGAUUAAAAUAUUUAAGAAGUUAUUUAUCAAUAAAACAAUGUUGAAUUUU